UUCUCUGCUAAUCCAGCCAACCCCUCUUCCACGUUCAAAAACUAGUAAAAUCCAAUAUUAGAAGAAGAAGAAGAAGAAGAAGAAGAAGAAGAAGAAUAUGACUACGGACCCUGAGUUCCCAUCGAUGUUCAGAUGCCCCAUCUCCUUAGAACUAAUGGAAAACCCAGUCACCGUCUCCACCGGCAUCUCCUACGAACGCCGCAGCAUCGAAAAAUGGCUUUUUACCUACAAAAAAACCACCUGUCCGGCCACCAUGCAACUCCUCUCCUCCUUCGACCUGAUCCCCAACCACACACUCAAAAACCUCAUCCUCUCAUGGCGCGCCCAACAUCAAUAUCCCUCCCCUUCUUCCCCAGCUUCCUCAUCCCAACACCUCCAACUUACCUCCAUAUUUUCUUCCAUCAAAUCCUCCCCUUUCAAAGCCAACUCCCUGAAACAACUCCGCUCCUUCACCACCCAAAACCACUCCCUCUUCAUCGCCUCCGGCGGCGUCGAAGCUCUCCGCCGCAUAAUCAUCGACCACUCCUCCGAUUACACCGCCUUCCGAGCUUGCGAGGAAGCGCUCGGACUUCUCAACGCCCUUCCUUUCGACUACGACGACGAAUCCAUCGAGCUUCUUUCAAAUAAAGACAUCAUCAACUCCAUACUUGUCAUUCUCCAGCGCGGCAGCGCAGAAGCAAGACUCGAUGCCAUAACCAUCCUACAAAGAAUGUCAACAGUCAAUCCUUCUUUCACCGACCAGCUCCAUCACAACGGUUUCGACGCCUUCAAAUCUCUUCUCGAUCUCCUCUCCGACGAUAUUUCCACUCGGCUUAGCUCAUCUUCCCUUGAUCUCCUCUUAACCGCUUUGGCAAAUUCCAAACCUAAUCGUCUAAGCGCUAUCGAAGCCGGAGCGGUUUGCGUGCUGAUCGAGUUGCUUCCGGAUGCGGGAAGACACAAAGGGGAGAGAACGCUGUUGCUUCUGAAAAGAUUGUGCGAGUGCGCGGAGGGGAGAAGGGUCUUUGCAGAUCACGGGUUGGGAGUUGCAGCGGUUUCGAGCAAAAUAGCGAGAGAGUUCGACGCGGAGACGAAGCUGGCGGUUAAAGUGCUGUGGUUAGUUUGUAGUUUUUUGCCGACGAAGAAAGUGGUUGACGAAAUGAUGGUUUGUGGAGCGGUGAAGAAGCUGUUGGGCUUGAUUCAUGUCGAUGACGGGCAAUCGUCGACCAAGGAGAAGGCGUUGAAAAUGGUGAGGAUGCAUGGAGAUUCGUGGAGACAGUCGCCUUGUUUUCCAUGUGAGCUUAGAGCAGUGCAGUAUUUUUAAAAUAUUGUUAAUUAAUGAUUUGAAAUAUAUAUAUAUAUUAUAGUAGUUUCAGUGUAUUUUCAAACGUUUUUUAUGAUAAUUAAUUAAGGAGUUGGUAUCUUGAUUUUUGUUAA